GUUAAUCUCUAUCAUCACAUUAACCUACAUUUGUAUCUAGUCGUCCCGGUCCAUCUGGCGACGACAACCCCCGAAUUCUCACAAUGGCGACCGAAGAUGCUCGUUAUAGACAGUCGAGCCAAUACCGUCUAUGGUCAUUCUCUCAACCUCACCUCGCCACCCUCCGCGAGAAGACUAAUGCCCUCGCCCGAUCUCAUAUUUCCAAUCGCUUGCGAGCGUCAAACCCAUCCACUCCUGCCGAAUCCCUGCCUGAAUUCAUGACACCCUCCGAAGAGUACAAGAUUCUCAACCACUUUACAGUUGAACUUUUGCGCGCCGCCUCGUUUUGCAACCUCCCCACCGAUAUCCAAGCCACCGCCGCCAUCUUCCUUCGCCGUUUCUAUCUCACUAAUAGCGUUAUGACCUAUCCGCCACAAGAGCUUAUGAAGACUUGCCUAUUCUUUGGGUGUAAGGCUGAAGGUUAUUUCAUUCGAGUACAGAAGAUAGCCGACACUUUCCCCAACACCACAAGCGAGAUGAUUCUAGCCGCCGAAUACGUCCUGUGCCAAGGCAUACGUUUCGCUUUCGAUGUCAAGCACCCAUUCCGUGCUCUGGAGGGAGCCAUCAUGGAGCUUAGAAGACUAGGCGCAUUCGACGAGGACAGAGUCAACAAGGCCCACGAGAAAACUAGAGCUAUCUUGAAAUUCAGUCCCCUAGUCACCGACGUCUAUUACCACUACACGCCAAGUCAGAUUAUGUAUGCUGCUCUAGCAAUGGUGGAUGGAGAAUUGGUGGAACGAAUGCUCACGGAAGCUUUCACUGAUCAGAGCGAUGAGAUCAAGGAGAAGAUAUUAGGUGUGAUACAGUCAUGCAAGGCUAUGCUUGAGGAAGAACCUCCGGAGAAGAUGACCUCCUACUGGGAAGAUAAGGAGAUCGUUAAAGGCGUCAAAGUCUUGAGAAGAAAACUCGCUAAGUGCCGAGACCCCGAUAGAGUCGAUCUUGUUGCUUUGCAGAAAGUACGUAGGGCACACGCAUCGCAGAAACCGAAGGCGAAAGGAAGUGCCAACACAGACGAGAACGUAUUCGGAAAUGCUAUCAACGACGAGCGCGAGUCUAAGAGGCGAAAAGUUGCUGCCAACGGAGACGACUUAUUUGGACCGCCUCUAUAAAUAAAAAAGUCGAGCAUAAUGAUUCGUCAACAAACCAUACUCUUCACACUAAUCACGCAAGCUAGCCGACUUUUCCCUGCGGAUAAUAGGUUGACGUAGGCUGGCAUGAUGGAUUGAUAGGGCACAAUGGGAGAGAUAUUGCUGACAAUGUAUC